GUGCGGUGCUCCUAUGAAAUGGAGGAGUCAAAUACAUAAGACAUAAGAAGGAGACGCUGUUCUUCAAAGCGCCUUUGUAAUCGGCAUAGUUGAAAACGCCUUGAUGACGCUUCUUGGCUUUCUUCUUCCACGUGGUCUCGGGUCUUUACGAUAUUCUCUAGAUUGUUCAUACAUUUAAAUGUCAGAACAUGGACGCCGUUCUGUCGGUUUUGGUUGCCGUUUAUUCGGCUGGAAACUUUAAGAAAGACUUGGUAACAAAAGUGUUGUGCAGAUUUUCGAAGAAGGAAAUAUUUGAAGACAUAUGUGAGGACGGUAUAGCCGAUUUAAAAUUGACGGAAGAGGAGGAGGAUGCUCUUGACAAAAACACAUCCGUGUAUCCAUUUCUGAAAAAAGUGGUUCUACAGAAAUAUUUAGUCCACACUACGGUGAUGACAUGAACCUGGCACUAGACUUUAAUAAAGACUUUAAGUUUUUGAAAUUUUGCAUUGACAUUGAUGGGACCUCUACAGAAAAAGAAGCCUACUCCUCAAAUAUUGUCAAUACCUUUGACAAAAUGAUGGGAGCUGUCAACAAACUUCCUAAGCGAAAAGAAGAAGCUAUUAACAAGUUUACAGGUGAUGCUCUUGAAGGCGUGGUGAAUGUGCGCCUACAGAUAGACUGUAAUACACAUGUGGAAUUUCCGUAUUAUGCCUCUACCCUGGCACAGCCCGAUAUCUGUGCCUUCUGUGCAGCUGUGGGGUCAACAAAUUCAAGAUGCCAUUAA